AUGCUACCAAACAUGGAGCUACCAAAUGAAGGUGGAGAAGGAUCUUCUCAAAAGAAAUUGGGAAGAGGAAAGAUUGAAAUCAAGAGGAUCGAGAACACUACAAAUAGACAAGUCACCUUUUGCAAGCGCCGCAACGGAUUGCUUAAGAAAGCUUAUGAAUUAUCUGUUCUUUGUGAUGCUGAAGUCGCUCUCGUUGUCUUCUCGACUCGCGGCCGCUUGUACGAGUAUGCUAACAACAGUGUUAGAGCAACUAUUGAAAGGUACAAAAAAGCAUGUGCUGCUUCUACUAACGCAGAAUCGGUAUCUGAAGCUAAUACCCAGUUUUACCAGCAAGAGUCAUCAAAAUUGAGAAGACAGAUUCGAGACAUUCAGAAUCUAAAUAGACACAUCCUUGGUGAAGCUCUUGGAUCUUUGAGUCUGAAGGAACUAAAGAAUCUUGAAGGUAGAUUGGAGAAAGGUUUAAGCAGAGUUAGAUCUAGAAAGCAUGAGACUUUGUUUGCUGAUGUGGAAUUCAUGCAAAAGCGGGAAAUUGAGCUGCAAAACCAUAACAACUAUCUAAGAGCUAAGAUAGCUGAACACGAAAGAGCUCAACAGCAGCAACAAAAUUUGAUGCCGGAAACAAUGUGCGAGUCUUUACCUUCACAGACCUAUGACAGAAACUUCUUUCCUGUAAAUCUUCUUGGAUCGGAUCAGCAGGAGUAUUCGCGCCAAGACCAAACCGCUCUUCAGCUUGUGUGA